GGCCAAUCAAGAAUAACAAGAAGAUAACCGAACAGGUGCUACUGCGCCAUCGCACAGCAACACUCUGUGUGCUGAGCUGUUCUCGCGGGAUCUCCGGUAAAGGAGGCUCUGUGUCUAUCGGUAUCUCCCUGCUCCGGGCUGCUUGCGUGCCUCUGUCUCUCUCCCUGUCAGUCGUCUUGCCCAUAGCGGCUCGCAUCGAAACCUCCACCGACAGGCUUGCUGCACUGCGGACUUCGGCGCUCCCUUCUGCACAGGGACACCAGGGUGCUGUCAUCCUUGGUUUGGGGGCGGCUCUGUUGCCUCAGUUGAUCGGUGCUGCGGUUUAGGCAGCUGUUACCCUCUUCUUAUCCUUGUCCACCCCUCUCUAUUCCCCAUCGGUAUAUCUUCCCCGACCCGGUCCUGCUGUUCCCCGAAUUGAAGAAGGAUGAGUCUGCUGCUUGCUACGUUCCUGCUCCUGGGUCUCCUGCUGAAUGUUUCCGCGCAAAACGCUGGGUUUGUGAAGUCGCCCUUGUCUGAGACUAAGCUCACGGGGGACACCUUUGAGCUGUACUGCGACGUGAUUGGGAACCCCACGCCGGAGAUCCAGUGGUGGUACGCAGAAAUCAACCGCGCAGACUCCUUCAAGCAGCUGUGGGACGGGGCCCGCAAGCGGCGGGUCUGGAUCAACACGGCGUACGGUGCCAACGGGGUGAGCGUGCUGCGAAUGAGCCGACUCGCCCUGGAGGACUCGGGCACCUACGAAUGCCGAGCGAGCAACGACCCCCGACGCAACGACCUGCGGCAGAACCCAGCCAUCACCUGGAUCCGAGCGCAGGCCACCGUUACCGUCCUGCAGAAGCCCCGGAUCAACGCCUCUGACGAUGUGGUCCUGCCCUCCGAUUCAUACAGCCCUCCCAUCACCCUGCAGUGCAACCUGACCAACGCACACUCUGCGCACAGCCAGAGCUACUGGAUGAAGAACGGAGUGGAGAUCGAAGGAACCAGGGCAGAUGACAAGAACACAGAGUACAGCAUUAAAAAGCCAAGAGCAGACGAUUCAGGAGAGUACCUGUGUGUGUAUACCUUUGAAGACGCUCCACCGGCCAACGCUACCAUUGAAAUAAAAGCCUCUCCAGACAUCAUCGGGCACAAGCGCAGUGAGAACCGUAAUGAGGGGCAGACAGCCGUGAUGUACUGCAAGUCUGUGGGAUACCCUCACCCUGUCUGGGUGUGGCACAAGAAAAUAGAUGGCUACUUUACGGACAUCAACAACUCAACGGGCCGCUACUUCAUCAUGAACAAGGACAACUACACAGAGCUCUCCAUCGUCGGCCUGAAGAUCAGCGAGGAUCCUGGGGAGUACUGCUGCAAUGCCAGCAACGUCAUCGGCAACAAGUCCAUCACCACCAUCCUUCGGGUGCGCAGCCACCUGGCACCGCUCUGGCCCUUCCUGGGCGUGCUGGCGGAGAUCUUCCUGCUGGUGGUCAUCAUCGUGGUGUAUGAGAAACGCAAGCGGCCCGACGAGGUGCCCGACGACGAUGAACCAGCUGGACCAAUGAAAACCAAUUCCACCAACAACCACAAGGAUAAGAACCUGCGCCAGAGGAACACUAACUGAGCUCAUCAGACCUGAUUACGUUAUCUGACCACCAGAGGGUAUCUGAGGCUGCAGCUUCUGUGAUUUUUACAUUGAAGACACAACUUUCACUAUAUGAGUAAAACAAAGUGGAACAAAACGGCUGUCUGAAGCAUGUCUUAUUCAGUAUUAAAUGAAGUUGCAGGAACAUAUGAUAACAAAAUCCUUUCUAAAGAUAUACAUAAUUGUAUGCUGUGUGUGCUGUUGAUGUUUCUUUUUAUUUGACAAAAAUAACUUUGAUUGGUAUUUAUCAAGUAUAGUCUAAUACUGCAUGCAAUAUUAACAAUUUCUUGUUCUAAUAUUCAAACUGACAACAGUUUUUAUUUUUAUUCGACUUUGCAUCCAAAAGGAGUAUAUGUUUGUAUCUGAUUACUGAUACUAAUUUAACCAACUGAAAUCUGCUAACGUAAUUCAUACAGGAUACACACUUCAUUCGUUUUAAUAGCAUCUACAGCAGCUCAAUGCACUGUGCUAAUUAGACUUGCAUUAUUACGAACAAAAUAGUUUUAAAUGUAAUUAUUAUAUGUAAGGGCUUGACCUAAGAUUAAGUCUGUCUAUAUAAAAAAAACGAAUUAGAAUGUUUUCAAUUACUGAAAAAGCAAUUUAGCAGUGAAUUUCUUUGUAAAUAUAUAUUAUGCUUUUUUCAUAGCAAAUUUAAGAUGAAUGUGUUGUCUUGUAUACAGAACUAUUAUUGUCUGGUUACUAAUUUUAUAAUGCAUUCCUUUAAUUUAUUUGACCUUGUUACAUUUCAUGUAUAGCAUGACUAUAUCCUAUGCAAUAUUUACUGUUCUUCAUAUAACCGUCACCAUUUCUUGCUCUAAAUGAAAACUUUAAUGUGAUCACUCCUUUUACAAAGCUAAUAUUAUCUAAUGCACUGCUGUAGAUGCAUGAACUUUCUAUAGUAACUCCUGUGUAAAAGUGUUGCAGUGCAAUUGGACCUUAAAAGGGGAGGGAGGGGAAUUCAGGCAGCUGUAUGAAAUGUGGAUCCAAUCAUUAAAAAAAUAAAGUCCUCUAAACAA